AAUGAACUUUACAUUCUCAAAAUCACUCAAAUGUUUGAACAUUUUCAUAUAAUUUUGUUCAUGGCAUCAGAAUGUCUUGCAGGUCAAAACAGUUGAAUCAUUUUGAUUGCAACUCUAUGUAUGUAUGUGCGUAUGUAUUUUUCAUUCUCUCUCUCUUGUUGUCAGUAUGAAGACGUUGCAGACAAGGAUGAUCUGAUGGGGGUGGAGGACACAGCCAAGAAAGGCUUUUUCUCCAAGCCUUCUCUCAAGAGCAGGAACACAAUUUUCACUCUUGGCCAGAGGGGGGCAGUAUUGAGUCCUGCGGAGCUGGAGGGGCCAAUACUGAUCCCACACGCCGCUCAGAGAGGAGACUCCAGAUACCCGUACGAAACGCUCUUCCGCAGUCAGCACUACGCUCUGCUGGAUAACGGCUGUCGAGAGUUCCUCUUCCUCUCGGACUUCUUCAUGGUGGCCGGAAACUCUGCUCUGGAUUUGUUCAACAGCAUUAUGGGAAAAACACUCAGCAUGUUCCUGAAGAAUCUGUCCACAUACCUGUCAGACUGUUAUGACAGUAUUGCGGUGUUUCUCUGCAUUCACAUCAUUCUGCGCUUCAGAGCCAUCACAGCCAAGAGGAACAUCCCCGCGCUCGACAAGUCAGUCCCUCUGUCAUCACAAACGAUCU